AUUACCUUUUCACCUUUUAAAGGGCCAUAAAACUUCGAGACGACGUACCUAUUGCAAGAUUACAUUAAACGUUGCCAUAGAAACUAUUACUAUGUUGUGGAAGUUUGUAACUGAAUCAUCUCAAGAAAAACUAAUUUUAUACUCUUUUAUAAAUAAAAAUACAUCAAUUACACAUGGACUCUGUAAGCCUUUUGGAACGUGAAAAUGAAUUCAAGAAGCUCAACAAGCAACUGGAAAAGAAAACAGAAAUAUUAAUGAAAGAAAUUGAGAAUGCUAUGGCCAAGAAAGACAUAUUCUCUGAUUUUUCUUGCAAUUUAAAACUGAGUCCGAGAUUCAGCAAUCCUACAAAGCAUAAAUGCGAUUCUUCCUCCACUACAUCCAAAGGGUCUAGUGAGACUUCUAAAACACUAACUCCUAAACAGACAGUCAAAAAGCCAAGAGGACUAAAAAAGCCCAACGGAAACAUAGACAAAAGUGAUGGGCUACAGACAGUUUGUUUGAGUGAGAAGCAGUGCCAUUGCUGCUCCUUGUCCCCCAACAGAGACCUGGAGUUUUUGUAUGCUUUUGUUUCUAUUAGUGUGAAGGAUGACAUCCUCCCGCAGUCAUUUACAAAAGAGAAAAUAAAUGUGGAGAGUGUCUGCAAGUGUCUGGCAAGUAAAGUGAAACUGUUACAAGAGCAAAUAGACAAGCUGAAGGAAAAUAUUAAUAUAAAGAGCCGGCAGUGCUCGGCGCAAAUGCGUCAGCUGGCGGAGCUGGAGGGCGGGCGGCUGGAGCUGCAGGGCGCCGCCCACGCCGCCCGCGCCGACGCCGUCGCCGCCCGCGCCAAGUGCCAGCUGCUGCAGAACAAACUCGAUGAGAGAGACAAGCAGCUGCGGGACAGCCGUGCCGCCUGCGAAAGUCUGUCUGUGGAGGUGAAGCGGGCUCGGGCGCGGUGCGGUGGGCUGGAGGCGCGCGCCGCCCAGCACGAGGACCAAGUAGCCGCGCUCCGACAACAGCUGCAGGCUGCUGCCGCCGCGGAGAAGGAGUACCGCGAUACAUCCCGAGCGUCGGAGACGGCGGCGCGGGCGGCGGCGGCGCAGCAGCAGCAGCGCCUGCGCCACCUGCAGACCACGGUGGAGCGGCAGGCGCGCCUCGUCGCCAACCUACGCCGGCAGCUCGCGCUCACCGCCGCCAGCUCAGCCCUGGGUAGCCUGGAGAAGGACUACAACGAGUUCCUCACGCAGGACUUCUAGACUUCUAGUAUAAGUUAAUGAAUGUGGUUGGUGGUUAUUGUCAGAUGUAUGUUAGCUGUCUGUACACGCUCGCCAGGUUACUAGGCGAUGCUUAGUUGCCGCAACUUUAUUGCGCCUAAAUAAAAUGUCCUAUCCUGAGUGUCGGGACCCAAAAGAUUUGGCAUCUCCAUGCCAAAUUUUACAGACUUAAGGGUCCCACACAUUGACAGUCCGCCUGCAGGCUCUGGUUGGCAGGCUGCCUGACAGUCAUUGACCGUCGAUACAAAAUCGUCAGGGGAACUGUGAGUCUGUGCUCUUUUCUUAUUAACUGCCAGGCGGCGGGCGGCGGCCUGCCGGCGAACUGUUAAUGUACUGCGUUUUGCAUUCUACUAUCAAGUAUGUUCCUUUAAUGAGUACAUACUUGAGAGUAGAAUGCAAAAGUCUACAUUUAAGCGUUGAACCGAUUUGGAUGAAACUUGGUAGGAAGAUAUAAAUUGGAGUUCCAGGACAUAGGAUAGUUUUUGUUACCCCAAAAUGUACGGUUAUUGCAUGAUAAAGGAUUUCCUGCGCUAACUUUUUUGUCUAGGACAUAGUACUGACUGAUUAGCAUAGAAUC